AUGCCCGUGUGGCUUUGGCACGCUACCAUAGGAAUCAUCUUACUUGCGACAGCCGUUCGCUCGCGACGCAAAAGAAACAUACACCUCCCUCCUGGCCCCACGCCUUUCCCCAUCAUUGGCAACAUCCUCAAUUUUCCUCGAGAACACCUCGGCCGUGAGUUUGCGGGCCUCACCAAGACAUUCGGCGACGUUGUCCACCUCAGCAUGUUGGGACAGUCUACCAUCGUUUUGGGAUCCCAAAAGGCGGCUUAUGCCUUACUAGACAAGAGAUCAGCCAACUAUUCCCAUCGCCCAGUAUCUGUUAUGGUACCCCUAGUUGGGUAUGAAUGGCUGUUUGCCCUGAUGAAUGAUGGACAGCGUUGGCGCCAGCACCGGCGCGCAGUGCACCCUACUUUGACGCCGGACAUCGUGCGGGAAUAUCAGCCGAUUCAGUCGAAGGUUGCGCGUCGUUUCGUGCGAAGCAUAUUGCGCUCUCCCCAAGAUUUGGCUCUGCAUAUUCGUUUUACGUUUGCUGCCAUCGUCAUGGAGGUGAUUUACGGUAUUGAGAUCCGCGAGGCGCACGAUAAGUACUUCAAGAUGGUGGAACGGAUGGCCGAAGUCGGAGAAGCCAUCGUGAUGCCUGGGAGAUUUCCUGUGGAGGCCUUUCCUGCACUGCGUUGUCUACCGUCAUGGUUUCCAGGUGGUGGUUUCAAGAAAUUUGCAGCCGAUGCCAAACGGAAUAUAUCGUACAUCAUAGAUCAUCUCUUUGAGACUGCUAAGACGGCGAUGGUGAGUGAUACGAGUGGCUCUGGUGUUAGCCGCAUCCUUGGAGCCUCGGAGGACGAGGAUGCACAGCUGGAGGGAAUGUGUAAAGAAGUAGCCGGGACGCUGUACGUCGGUACGUGUUAUACACUGACUAACGCCACAAUGGAAGCAUUUUUACUUGCCAUGGCACUCUAUCCUCAGGCACAGGAAAAGGCACAAGCGGAAUUGGACGCGGUCGUUGGUACCGAACGGCUCCCGGAAUUCUCGGAUCGUCCAUCGCUUCCAUACAUCAAUGCACUGGUUCAAGAGUUGCUUAGGUGGCAUCCUGUUACCCCGAUAGGUGUUCCCCACCGGGUUGUCGCCGACGACGAAUACAAUGGCUACGUUAUCCCCGGUGGCGCUACUAUAUUUGUCAAUGUCUGGGCUAUCCUACGCGAUCCCGAUGUUUACCCAGAUCCUGAGGACUUCAAACCUGAGCGCUUCUUGAACUCUCGUGGAGAAUUUGACGUCGGCGAACGAGACCCAGCUGAAAUUUUAUUCGGAUUCGGUCGAAGAGUAUGUCCCGGUCGACACUUUGCCCAGGCGACGCUCUUCAUUCUAUGCGCCUGUGUCCUCGCGGCAUUCAAGAUUGAGCUGCCCGUUGACGAACACGGGGCUCCCAAGGAGAUAAAGCGAGAGGCAACCGAUGCAAACGUCAUCUCGUUAGUAGUGUCUCGAUCUUGCAGCCUUUCGUUCAUUGAAAUGCAUUUGGACAGACACCCGAAGGUGCACCGAUAUACGAUGCAGCCCCGCUCGUCGAAACUCCAACAAUACCUUGGACUGGCGCAAGAUGAUUGA